CUCCUCUCGUCUUCCAACGGGAUGCAAAACUUCUCCGGAGAGGAAGGAGGGAAGCAGCUCCUCACUGUAGUCAGAUCUUCCCUUCACGCCUGUUGACUAGGUGGGUUAGAUAGACACUAGUGUGACUCUCCUCAGCCUGUUGACUAUUAGGUCUAGGUGAGUUAGGCAGGACAGAGUGAGACCAUGGCCAACUCAGCUCUGGAGAUCAUUGGCUUGUUGCUGUCUCUCAUCGGUCUGAUCGGGACCGCAGCCAGUACGGGGAUGCCCAUGUGGCGCGUGACGGCCUUCAUCGGCGAGAACAUCAUCGUGUUCGAGACGCGCUACGAGGGUCUGUGGAUGAAUUGCUUUAGACAGGCCAACAUCAGGAUGCAGUGUAAAGUGUACGACUCCCUCCUGGCUCUGCCUCCAGACCUGCAGGCGGCCAGGGGUCUGAUGUGCUGUGCCUUGGCUCUGGGAGGGGUGGGGCUGCUCAUCUCUAUCCUGGGCUUACAGUGCACCGCCUGCAUCCGGGAUAACGACCGGGCCAAACGCACGGUGCUCAUCGUCGCUGGCAGCAUGAUCCUCGGGGCCUGCGUCUGCGUCAUCAUCCCAGUCUCCUGGACGGGUCACGCGAUCAUCCGUGACUUCUACAACCCACUGCUGAUCGACGCCCAGCGCAGGGAGCUGGGAGAGGCGCUCUACAUCGGAUGGGUCUCCUCUGCCUUCCUCUUCGCCGGCGGCUGCAUGUUCUGCUGCUGUAACGUCAAAGAGGAUAAAAGGCAAGACAACUACAUGUACUCCAGGAACAGCCCCAGUCAAUACAUAUCUUACGCCCCUCAACCACAGUACCAGCCCCAGUUCCAGCCCCAGUACCAGCCCCAGUACCAGCCCCAGCCUCUACAGAGGCAGCCGUCCAGUAGCAGCUACCCCGGGUCCAACCACUACCCCUCCAGGUACCCCUCGGAGCGCAGUGCUGUGGCUUACCUCUGAGUGUUGUGGCUAAAGGGGAAGGAAAUAGACUCAGUGUUUUCUACCGACAUGGAGGAACCGAUGUGUUCUUACGAGUACGUUUGGAAAAGAAGCCUUUCGGUUGUGUUAAAAGAUGAAUAUCAGCAUAAAGUAAGAGACUAAAAUGAUUGUAAUACACUGUGAAACUCACAAAGAGGAUUAAUUGUAAAAUUAUCAUAACAUGGUGAGGGGAAAAAAGGUGUCUAUCAGAUUUGUUUGUAAGAAAGCUGUUUAGAGAUACUAAAUACACUUAUAAUAGGUUAACUGGUUAACUGGUUAACUGUGAACUCAGAAAGAGAAGAGUUUGAGGAAACCUUCAAUCCUAUUUUUUUUAAAUGUUAUUUUGUAUUAUCCAAUGUUUCCAUAUGUGUAUUUACUUUGUAUUGGUGGGGUGUAUAAGGACACGUUUUUAUUUUAGUGACGUCCCUAAAGAUUAUUUGUGUAAAUAUAUUUACAAAUUGUGUUGAUGUGGUUGUGUGCUUUGUGCAGUAAAUGUAGGUUUCUUACACAUAAUCCCCCUGUAGUUACACUAGGUGUUACAUAAAAUGUAACUUUUAUCAUGUAAAAAAAGCAAUUGUCAAAUAUGUGUCCCAAAGGGCACUCUAUUCCCUAUUUAGUGCACUACUUUUGACUAGGGCCAAUAGGGAAUAGGGUUCUGAUCAAAAGUUGUACACUAUAUAGGUUUGCCAUUAGGGAUGCAGCCCCAUUAUCAUUCAUUUUAUUAUUAUCUGAUUAGACAUAAUAAUAUAUGCCAUUUAGCAGACGCUUUUAUCCAAAGCGACUUACAGUCAUGUGUGCAUACAUUCUACGUAUGGGUGGUCCCGGGGAUCGAACCCACUACCCUGGCGUUACAAGCGCCAUGCUCUACCAACUGAGCUACAGAAGGAUCACAGAAGGAUAAUCAUCUCCUAUUGACAGAUAUGCAGCUGACUGUAAAAGUGACAUUUCUGCUAAUGUGUUUUGGAGAACAGAGGUACAAGGCUGGCUUUGAUCCACUGCCCCCCCCCCCCUUGACAACGGUCCCCCUUGGCAACGGCCCCCCCUUGACAACGGUCCCCCUUGGCAACGGUCCCCCUUGACAACAUCAACAAACUACAAGACAGUCCUGGUUGUGUUAAAACGCCUGUGUUGUUACUGCCAUUUUGUAAUGUUUGGGAGUAGACAAACAAGGACAGUAUCGUUUUGUAAUAUUAUCCCCUGGGGCAUCCUAUUCUCUACACAUAGUACACUACUUUUGUCUAGGGUCCUGGUCAAAAGUAGUGCACUACGUUGGGAAUAGGGUGCCAUUUGGUUGGGACACAUCCUCUCUGUGUUGACAGCUUGAUGGUAAGGACUAAUGGAAGUAAAUACAAGGCUGGUUGUUGAAGGUGUGGACCCAGAAGCAGUAGGGUAGAACAGAGGACUUCUGUCAAAGCAAACAGAGCAUAACGGACUAAGAACUGGGGCUGGGUUCAAUCCCUAGGUCAGCGUUGUAGCGUGAUUUGAAAGUUACAUUCACGGUAAAAGCUGCAUAUGUUAUGUGAUUUAAUGAUUUCAUUUCAAAUUAAUUUCAAAAAAACGUUAUUCGUUUCAGUUAAGUUGAGAUAAAUCUUUCAGCCUCUGGAAUACGAACAAACUUUUUCUGAAUUACUCAUUAACAUUUCAUUAUCUGGUGCAAGCUAAUGUUUAUAAAAGGGAAAACCUUCAGAAGCAAUGUAAAGACUUUGAUUGACACAUUACUGAUUAAAUGAAACAUUGAUAACA